AUGAAAUAUACGCACAUGCGUGGUGGGGAGUCGCGAAAAUCGAGGGACAACUGCAUCACUCUCCUGACACUGUUCGAGUAUUCGAUACCAACAAGAAAAAUUCCCUACGUAGCAGCUCAUAAUAUGCUGCUUGCACAUGCUAAUGUCUACAGAAUGUACGUACGAGAGUUCAAGGAAACUCAACAAGGUCAACUGGGAAUCACUGUCGGUGGCAGGUGGUAUAAGACGUUCUCCAAGGAUCCGAAGGACAUUGAUGCUGUACGUCGUGCUCUCGACUGGACUUUUAACUGGACAGUGGCACCGAUUUUCGGAAACACUGGCGAUUAUCCAGAAUCUAUGAAGAAGGAUAUGCACGUAAUAGAGGAAAACAUUGGCUUUGAGCUGCUUCCUAGAUUCACGAAAGAAGAACGGGCAAAGUUGAAAGGUGCGCUUCCGUUGAGGGGACUAGUGAGGACUGUAUAUUUCGGAGACUCAUAA